AUGAAUUAACUAAAAACUUUAUUAGAGAAGAAUUUCACCUUACACUUCAGAUCAAAACAAUUCUGGGUAAACUUAUACGUUCCGAUAUUAAGUGCAAUUUUAUCAAUAAUCUUUACGUACAAAAAUAAUGAGACCUAUUACAUUUUGUUAAUCUUUGUUUGCUUAAAUAAUAAUGGUGCAUUACGACACUCAUUAAUAUUGAUUAUUAGAGAAAAAAGCUCAAACUUUAAGAAGUUGUAAUAAUAAAUGGGAUUAAGUUCAAAUGCCUAUUAUGCAUCCUGGAUUAUAACAUUUUUUGUUUUGACUAUCGGUGUUUCACUACUCUAUAUAAUACCGUUUAUUAUAUUCAGACUCAAUGAAGCAGGCGAUGGACAUUUAAGAAUUGAUAUGUUAUUUUUAGGAUUCAUUUUAUAUUCUUGUGCCUUAGCAUCUUUUGUGUUAUUUUUAAGUUCAUUUUCCAAAAACUAAAAUAAAGCAAGUGAACUCAUCGGACUAUUGAAUGUAGUAUUGACAUUUGUUGUGAUUUCAAAUUUUGCACCAGAGCCAAAAUUAACAUUCCUUGGCCAAUUACCAACAUUAUUUGUACCGUAAACAGCAUUCUAAAUGCUAUUAUUAAGUUCAAAUUGGCUCUAUAAAGAGUAAGAAUACUUCUUAAAUCCUGGAAUAUACAUCACUUGUUUAAUUGUUUAGAUAGUGGCUUAUUCACUAGGUUUUAUGUAUUUCGAUUAAGUGUUGAGUGGGUCUAAAAGGUAUUUUUUCUUAUGCAAUUAUUGCAAAAAGAACAAUAAAACCUAUGCAGAUUUUGACGAUGAAUCAACUCCAAAUGUUAAUAAUUAAGAUGCAGAGCCAUAUUAACUUUACAAACCUAUGCUGAAUAUUUAAGAUUAACUUGUCGAAAAUCAAGGAUAACCAUAUAUCUAAGUAGAAAAUAUGUGGAAGAAGAUUGAAAAUCAAUAUAUUCUCAAGUCACUCAAUAUGGAGAUAUAUUAAAAUGAAAUUUAUUGUCUAUUGGGACCAAAUGGAGCUGGCAAAUCUACUUUAAUUAGUAUAUUAUCUGGAUUAUAAGAAAAAACUAAAGGGAAAAUCAACAUCUUAGGAUAGAGUAUAGAUAAUAAGCAAUUCAAGAAUCAAAUUGGAAUAUGUUUAUAAAAAGAUGUCCUUUAUUCAGAACUAAAUGUUUAUGAGCAUUUGAAAUUCUACGGAUAAUUGAGGGGCAUUUUAGAUUAAGAAUUACAACAAUAAAUAAAUUAUAUCUUAUAAGUCUGUCAAUUACUAAAUGAAGCCAACACCAAGGCAGAUCAUUUGAGUGGUGGAAAUAAGAGAAAAUUAAGUUUGGCAAUAUCUCUAAUUGGGAAUUCUAAAAUAGUGUUCUUGGAUGAACCAUCAUCAGGAAUGGAUGCAUUGACAAGAUAAUAAAUUUGGGAUGUCAUUAAAUAAAUGAGAUUACAUCGAGUAAUCAUAAUGACUACUCAUCAUAUGGAAGAAGCUGAUGAAUUAGCCUCUAGAGUUGGAAUUCUGAUGAACGGAUAAAUUGUAACCUAAGGAACUCCUGAUUUUAUAAAACUUAACUUUGGAGUAGGUUAUCAUUUACAAAUGGACUUUUAGGAUUAGAAUUAAUUAUUAUUAGAGAAACCAAGAAUUUAAGCUUAACUCUAAAAAAUUGACAGUUACACUCCAGUAAUUUAAUCUGCUCCAAAUUCCUUAAAGAGUGUAUUACCAGUCAAUAAAAUCCAUUUAUUUCAUGAGCUUUUAAAUUAUCUAGAAGAGAACUCACAAAGUAAAUUCUCGCUUUAAUUAAAUUCUCUUGAAGAUUCAUAUCUUGCAAUUGAUUAUUAAUAUGGAACCUAGAAUAUUGAUUUGAAUGCUUAGAGAGUGUUUUAAUAGAAACCAAAGAUAGAUUUCAAAGCUUAAUUGUUUAGCUUAGCCUAGAGAAAACUAUUGCUUUUGCUUAGUUCCACAGACAAAUAGUGGAAAUAUUUAUUCCCAUUACCAUUUAUCUAUAUAGCCGUCAUAUUUGGUUUGUAAUCAUCCUUUUUAUUUGUCUUCUUGUAUUUGACAAUUAAGGCUCUCACCUCUACUUUAUAUGUAAUGAUUCAAUUAGAUGAUAAAGAUACCAAGAUUAAAUAGUAUAUGUAUGCAAGUGGAGUCCAAAUACACACCUAUUGGUUGAGUAAUGUCCUCACUGAUAUAGUGCCAUCAAUUAUUGAAGGUCUUUUCACAGCAGUUCUAUUGUAUAUCUAUGAUGUUGGACAUUUUGGAUAGCAUAUUUUUGGAGUCUUCCUCUUAAUAACAGUUUUCGGAGUCUCAUUGAGCUGUUUUGCUAAUUGCAUAGCUGUUUUCUAAGGAAAUUCACAACGAGUGUAUGUAGGUGCUCCAUUACUAUAAUUUUUUGUAUUUUUCCUGUUGUUUUUCAUAUUCAUGCUAUACACUGCUCAACCUUCAUGUUCUUUGGGUUUAAAUAUGUUUUCAAUGUUGUUGAUGGUAUUAUCACCAUAUUCAGCUUGUUAUAUGGGUUUUGCAAUGAGCCCCAUUUUAUUGAAUGGAGCUAUUUUUAGUUAUUUCUCUUGCAUUUUAUAUCUAAUUCUAGGAGGAAUUGUCUACUAUUUAAUCCUAUAAUAACUUGACAAAGGGUAAUUUAAGUAAAUUCAACCAGACAUGAGUGAUACUGAUGCUGUCAUUGAUGUGUAAGAAUUAACAAAGAAAGUUGGAGUAGUUGAGACAGUUCACAAACUAUCAUUCCAAGUUAAAUAAAAAGAAAUCUAUGGAUUACUUGGACCAAAUGGUGCUGGAAAAUCAACUACCUUUAAUAUGAUCAGUAAGUUUGAUCAGCCUACAACAGGUUAAGUAAGAGUUAGAGAUGCUGAGUCCAAUCUUGGGUUAGUACCAUAAUUUUGCCCAUUCUAUCCUACUCUUACUGUAUAUUAACAUCUCAGCAUUUAUGGAGCUUUGAAAGGUUAAGAGAACUUGCAAAAUGCUAUUGAAGUUUAUUUGAAGGCUCUUGACAUGUAUGACAUAAAAGACAGAAAAGUAGAGUACUUGAGUGGAGGGGAAAGAAGAAAGGUGCAAAUAGGAAUAGCAUUGAUUGGAGGCUCAAAUAGGCUGUUUAUGGAUGAACCUACUACUGGGUUGGAUCCGAAAUCUAGAAGGAUUAUACAAUAGAUACUAUUGUAAUCUACCAUCAACAAUGAUGCUUCAGUUCUAUUGACUACUCAUUCAUUAUAAGAGGCUCAAAGUAUUUGUAAUAGGAUUGGUAUUAUGGUCAAUGGAUUCUUAAUUACUUAAGGAACUAUAAAUGAAUUAAGAGCCUAGUUAGGAGAGCAAGCUAGAUUUAGUGUGAAAUGUAAUAUCGGUAGAAAAGAACAAGUGCAUCAAACCAUAUGGCUAUAAUUGUCACAGCAAUUCCAGUUACAACCUGUUUUUGAAUACAGAGAAAAUUAUUUAUCCUAUUAAAUUCCAGCAGGCUAUUUCAAGUUAUCCAAUCUCUUCUAGUACUUAUAAGUAGAACUUAAAUAAAAAUAAUUACUGAUUACAGAUUUUUCAAUUUACUAACCAAGCUUAGAUUAAAUCUUUGCCUUCUUUGCUUCAUAGCAAAUAGUAGGGCUAAACUAAAAUUUGUUGAAUAAUAUGGGAGAUAAUCAAUUUGAUUUUGGAAAUAGAUUAAGAGCGAUCAUGGCUUUUUUCUGCAUCUUUUGGUGA